AUGUUUUCAGUGUUUUAUGUCCUCUGGUGUAGCUGCUCUGCCCUGAAAGGGUUCCAAGAAAAGUUAAAGUGCACAAAGGUGACAGGAAAUGGUCAAACUUUCCAUCAGAGCAAGAUCUGGGACAGUUUCUUUCCCAUCCACCAGUGGACAUGCUUCUUCCUCCUCCCCUCUGGCAGAGACUGCCCCCUGCUGCAGGUGUUGGCUGGUAAGGCUGCUGAUGAGCAGGUGGAGGGCUCUCUGCCCUGGAUUGUCUCCUGGCUCCUGGAAGGAAACAACUACAAUGGCAUUCUUCUUCGCCUGGACCCUCAAGGCAGCUCCCUGAGCUUGUUCCAGGCUGCUCUGCUGGGGGCCGCGGGAAGGAGGAUGCGGGUAAGACAGGUGAAGCCCACCCUGUGGGAUGCAGCGGAAGAGGCCCGCGCCCGCCGGGCUGGCCUGAAAAGCCUGCGUUCAGGCCUCCUUGGGGUCCCGCUGACAGACAGUGGGCUCAGCCAGCUGGGCAGGGCACUGCGGGAGUUGCAGGUGGUGAAAUCCUGGAGCCGGCACCCAGGCAGCCGCUUGCCCAAGGGGGUCAGAGCUGAAGUGCAACCAGAACCACAGGCGAUAAAUUCAGAAGCAAGUCCAGGCCUCCAGGGAGAACCCCAAGUGGCAGGAAAAGCAGCAUUUCUAGGACCUGGGCUCCACCAAAAGCAUCCUCUCAGGGACUCUGAGGAGAAGGCCCGGCAGGCCCCAGAUGUGGCCCUGCAGUUCCUCCUGGCCCAGGCCCGGAGGCAGAGACUGCGAGAACAACACCAACUUUGGAUCCAAGAGGAACUGAAGCAUUUGGAUCAGGAGGAGGCAGGUGACGAGAUCAAAGGCCUGGUGGCAGGAGAAGAGGCCUCCACGGCAAGCCAGAGGUGGCACCGGGAGCAGGCAGCGCUGAGACUCCAGCUGGAGGCUCUUCAGGCAGAGCGGGACACUGCGGAGCAGGACCUGGUAGCCCUCUAUGACCUGCACGUGCAGGCCACUCGAGCUCAGACUUGUCAUCUGUUACAGGUGUUCCGAGCCUGGCGGGGGAUGUGGGAGGAACAGACCAAGACCACAGAGCAGCGGCACCGCCACCUGCUGGCUGGCAUUCUGCAAGACACCAUCAACCUGGCCGCACAGAACCAGGAGCUCCAAGCCCAGAACCGGCAGCUGCGGGAGGGUGCAGACUAGGCUGGAUCCUUCCCCUGGGGAGAAAUCUGAUGACCAGGAAUCCUUCAGAGGCAGUUUCCUCUCUCCUUCUUCUUUAAAAAAAAUGUAUUGAUUGAUUUUAGAGAGAGAAAAUAAAAAGAUAUUGAUUUGUUCCACUUAUUUAUG